UUUGAAUAGUUUUUUUUACAGUUACAAAUUCUGUGCUGAAAGGAAACAGCCAUGGAAAUCUUCACUACUACUAACAAAAAUAUAAUUACUGUUCAACCAGUAAAGAAUCUAAUUCAAUCUUCAACUUUUUCACAAAUAAACAUCAAAUUAACCAGCAAAAAUAUCAACAGAAAUGUCCUUAGAAUCAGUUCUUCUUGGAAUCCCAACAUUCAAUCUUCAUCUUCAAUAACAACAAAGGCAGUUGCAGAUACUAAAACCCAAAAUUUGGAUUUUCUUAAUUCAUUGAAUGGGGGCCAACAAUGUCACUGGAUUGUAGUUAUGGAGAAACCCUUACAAAUAGGAAUUCAAUCUAAAUCAGAUGUUAUUGAUUAUUAUGUUAAAACCCUGAGUAGGGUUUUAGGAAGUGAAAAGGAAGCUCAAAUGUGUAUUUACAAUGCUUCAUGGGAGACCCGUUUUGGUUUUUGUUGUGAUAUCGAUGAAGCGGCUUCUAGCGAGCUCUCUGGCUUGCCGGAAGUGUUAUCCGUACGGCCUGACCUGGAUUUUGAAUCUGCGGAGAAGGAUUACAGUUUAGAAAAUGUUCAAUUGAGUGGUGUGUCGAAUUUAAGUGCUGGAAUAUCUCGGUUGUUUGUGGAGGGGAAUUCUAAGUAUUGGUUAGUUAGAAUGGAGAAACCUACAGUUGAAGUUGUUACAAAGGCACAAAUGGUGGAUUACUAUGCUCAAAUACUAUCAAAAGUUUUGGGAAAUGAAAUGGAUGCACAAAUGUGUAUAUAUCAUAUUUCAUGGAAAAACAACUUUGGGUUCUGUUGUGAACUUGAUGAUGAAUGUGCGCGUGAACUUGUAGGAGUGCCUGGAGUUAAGUCCGUUGAUGCGGAUGAAAAUUUUGGGUCAGAAAACAAAGACUAUGGAGGUGAUGAUAAACCUGCUGAGUCUACUGAGGCACCUCCAAUUAAAACAAAACGCCUCUUUGUAACAGGCCUCUCCUUUUAUACAUCCGAGAAGACUUUACGUGCAGCUUUUGAAAGCUUUGGUGAGCUUGUGGAAGCUAAGAUUAUAAUGGACAAAAUUUCUAAAAGAUCCAAGGGUUAUGCAUUUAUUGAGUACACUACAGAGGAAGCUGCAGGUGCGGCUCUCAAGGAAAUGAAUGGCAAGAUCAUCAAUGGUUGGAUGAUAGUUGUUGAUGUUGCGAAAACAAACCCACCUAAAUUUAACAGAGGGCAACCAAGACCAACUUUUUAGCACUGACAAUGGCGGGAUACAUGAAUUGAAGCUCUAUGAAGUACAGAAGAAUGUAAAGAUCGCCUUGUCAAGUGUUUGUAUUGAGCAGCUUUGAUCAUUGAUAAACACAGAAGAUGCUUUUGUAUCCAUAUAUGCUCUUCACAGUUUUGUCAUAGGCCACCAAUGAUCAACAACAGAGUUAUUCAGGGCAGCUCCAGUUGGUUUUUUGUGGUGUUUUAUUUCUUUCUGUCAGGCAUCUGUCUUGCUGUAUUUUUUAAUGUGGCUUUAGCCUAAUGUUCCGAAAGGCACUGGCAGUAACGGUGACACUUGAUCGUUCCUUCAUAUGUACUUAUCACACAGUGUUUUUUUAAAGAAAUAUAUUUA